AUGUUAAGAUAGUCAAGAAUCGAUUUAGGUACUUAUGAUAAAGAGUUUGAAAAAAAAUAUAAGCAUUCAAUUUAUAAUUUCUAAAUUAUAAAAAAACUUGGUUCAGGAAAGUUUUCUGAUGUAUUUAUAGCAAAAGAUAAACUUACUGGAUUUUAUGUCGCUUUAAAAUAAAUAAAAUUUUCAACAAUUGUAGAGUUUAAUAUAUAUUAAGAUAUUUCAAAUGAAAUUAUUAUGUAAAGCAAACUCAAGCAUAAAAAUAUUAUUCAAAUUUUUGGAUUUUUUAUUACAGACGAUAGUAUUUACCUGAUUCAAGAGUUAGCUUGUGGAAAAGAACUUUUUGCAGAUAUGAAAGCUUAACCGAAUAAAUCUUACAAUGAAUCAAUUGUAUCUCUAUACAUAAGGUAGGUUGCUGAUGCACUUCAUUAUAUGCAUAUGUAUAAUAUUGUACAUAGAGAUAUUAAACCUGAAAAUAUAUUGAUUUGUGAUGGUAUUUUAAAAGUUUGCGAUUUCGGAUAUGCUGCGCCUUUUUCAAAAUAAAAUUUAAGAUCAACUUUUUGUGGAACUUUGGAAUAUGUAAGUCCUGAAAUGAUUGAAAAUAAAAAAUACAAUAAUUCAGUUGAUAUUUGGUCAUUAGGAGUUUUAACAUAUGAGCUUAUUUUUGGAAGAUCUCCUUUUAAUGGAAAAGAUCAUGAAGAAGUUUUUGAAAAUGUUUUAGGAGUAAAUAUUAACAUUUUUAUUUGGUUCCACCUUUUAUAAUUUUUUUUUUUAAAAAAAAAGGGUAGCUUAGAAUUUUAAGGACCUAUUACUUUUGAAUGUGGAGAUUUCAUAUCUAGGCUUUUAGAAAAAAAUCCAAGUAAAAGAAUGAAACUAGCUUAAGUAUUAAAGCAUCCAUUUAUAGUUAAUGUGAAAAAUAAUAAUAUUUCUUUUGAUAAAAAUACAAAAGUUGAGGAUUUUUAAUUUCUUUAAAAUUGA